AGUUAUAGCAGUAACCCUAUAGGCCAUGUGAUAAUUGUUAGAAAAGUUUAGAAAGGACAGUUCUUGUCCUCUUGAUGUCAAGCAGAAAUGUGGAAGUUCAAAUGUAAAUAAUUUUAAAUGACUAGUGUUAAAGAUGGAAGAAACCAUCAAUUUGGAUCGGCUGAAGUUUAUCGAAGCUGGGAAUCCAAAAUCUACUGAAAACCUUUUCCUGGAAGUAAAGCCCUGUAUAAAAUUGAGUGGCACAGCAGAUAGCGUUAAAUUAGCCAAAGAAAUGUUGCUUGACAGAAUGGAGGUGCAGAGUAAUAGAAUCAUUAUGAAAAUGGACAUUACACAUUUUGAACAUCCUAGCCUUAUUGGAAAAAGUGGUAAACUAAUAAAAAAAGUUAUGGAUUCUACAGGAUGCCACAUCCAUUUCCCAGAUGGAAACAAGUAUCCUGAAUAUGAAAAAAGCAAUCAGGUAUCAAUAACAGGAGAACCAACUAACGUUGAAAAAGCCAGAUUAAUGCUUAGGGCAUUGAUCCCUAUUCAAAUCUUCUUUGAAGUUCCUACGACCAGUCAAUUCCAGUGUGUUCUAGACCCUUGUUCAUUAGAAACCAAAAACAUAGAAAAAGAAUUUGGUCUGCUGUUGUACUCCUUCCGAGGAAAAAAUGGACUAGUUUGUGUAAUCCGAUGCAACCAAGACAAGUUUUUAAGUCUUCGAAAAGAAAUCCCGCUGUUGAUUGAAUAUAUUUGCUGUAGAAAAGGAGUUGAUCUCCCACCUGUACAUAUCAUAACAGACAUAAUGCCUCAGCAUCAGAAUUUCGUUAAAGGCAACAAUAACUGCAAUUUGGAAGAUAUUAAGAAGAAAACUGGGGCAGAUAUAACUUUUCCAGAUUUUUCUCUUUCUAGAGCAAUGAGGAAUGCUGUAAUCAUCAGUGGAAAUUUAGACUGCGUAUAUAUUGCCUGGCAGGAUUUGAUGAAUUGUCUUCCAAUUACCGUUACAUUCGAUGUAAAUUAUACCCGAGAUACUAAAGGUGACUACAUGAACUUUUUACAAGAUUGUGGUGUUAUUGCAUUUACAAAUCCUAAGCCAAAAUAUCAUGUUAAAUCUGUGUCACUUCGUGGUCCAGAAAAGUUUUCAAAACAGAUGCUUCAGUAUAGACAACACCUGUUGCGACUCUCUACAUUGAGCUUUAGUUCGGAUAUCGAACAAGCAAACUUUGCUGCCAAAUUAAUUUCAUCUUCAACAGAAUACCUUCGUUCCACUUACAGCGCUAUUCCACCAUCCAUUGUUGGCCUUAUAUCAAGCAAAAAAGAAGUUGCCAAUUUAGCUGAGAUACAAGGUUCAAAGUACUUUAUGGAAUCAGAAAAGUCUGAUUUUGAUUUGACUCUAAUGCAAAAUAAUAAUUGGACCAGUAAUAUGCCAAAUAAUAAAGAACUGUGUAUCGGAACAACAGUUGAAGAAAAAUGUGACUACGAAAAACUGAAAGUUAUGGCUGCUAGAGCUAUGCGGAGGCCUAUUGAUUCACUGGAUUCAACACCACAAGUACCUUCCAGUUUAUGGGCUGGGUAUGGUUUCUCACAGUCAAUGCCUGCUGCAGUGAUAAAAGAAAAUCUCUCUAGCAUAAAUCAUUAUUCAUAUGCACCUUUUGAUAAUAGCAGCAAUACUAGUUCUGAAGAUAGUGACACAUGGGAGACAGUUGUUUUAAAAGAUUGUAUGCCUACCCAAAGCAUUUGGUCAAAUAACAAAGACUGUUUGUUUAGUCACAGCAACUAUUUUGACUUCCUUAGGGAUACUUCAUUUACAUCAAAAACUGACAUGACAGAGGGAAUUCUAUCUGAACUACUGUAUCAGCACAAUUUGCAAUAUUACAGUGACAUUUUCAUCAAAGAAGAAGUUGACUAUGAGACUUUUUUGCUGCUAAAUGAUGAAGAUUUACAAUCUCUGGGAAUACCUUUCCAUGCUAGAGUCAAAAUGAUGUGUUUGAUUAAAGAUCUCCAGGAAAAAACAUUAAGGAAAGAUUCAGUGCCUUCUAAAGUGUUCAAUGUUGCUCCUGGUGCUGAAAGGAAGAUGGAAAAAGAGAGAUUGAUUGAACAAACAAGGAGCAAUACAGAAUUAUGGUGAUGAACUGAAUUAGUCUUAUUACUGUUUUUAUUUUUCUAGCAUCCUAACAGACUAUUUUUAUAUUAUUUAAAUCAUCUAUUUUUUUAGAAAAAGAUCUUUAAUUUUAAAGAAAAGAUUUCACUUUUUAUGUUUCUUUCUUUUGUAAUGUAAAAAAGAAGGGGAAAAAAAAUCUUUUUCAUUUUUUAAAUUUUUGUUAUCAGUUUUCCAGUGUUUAUAUCGAGUGUCGAAGUAAAGUUAAUUAACAUGGCUUUAGUUGUAAAAUGUUUCUGGUAUUAGCAUGAAGAAUAUAAAUUAAUUUAAAAAAAAUAAAAAAAAAGCAUCUUAUAACAUUUUAAGUUUUUGAGGCAAAAUGUGUUGAUGUUCAGAAAAUUGAAUGGCUGCUCUUAACAUACAUCAGAGCUAAGUAUGUUACAGUGUUAUCCUUGCUAUCAACUUGCUAUCAAGAGCUUAAAAUAUAUGGUACCAAAUUUAGCAAGACCAACUUCUGUUGAAGCAAUUAUUCACGCAUAUCUGUGAGAAAAGCUAAGAGUUCAUUAGAUAAAUUGCCUACAAGUGAAAUGUAAACUCCUUUUUUGAAUAAUAUGCCUGCAAGCUUCACUUUCGUAGAAGUCAUUUCUAUCUUAUUUCAAAUAAA